UGCCCUUAGGAUGCCCAGGGUACAUGGCACGAAACUGGUCUUCCAAGAAGUUCUUCAUCCUUCCGGCCUCCUCCGUCUCGAUACCCUCACCGCGCCGUGAUUGAUUAAUUCAGAGAACUUUUCACUGUUGCUUUUACCUCCUUCCAACUUUCUAUUUCCCAGUCGAAGUGCUUUCCUUGAAACUUCUCACCUUACCAAUCGCCAAUUCCCACCACAUUUUUAUUUCACCGUCGGAAGCUUCAAGUAAUUCGUCGGACAUCUCAUCAUCAUUCUUCAAUCACUCCGCGUCUAGUCGAUGGCAGAAUGGCCGGACCCAUCGAGACGGAGUAUCGCUUGAUCAAGCAUCGCCGGCGCGUCAGCAUCAUCGCUGCCAAAGCCAGACGAUUCGCUCGUGACGGGGUCAAGUAUCGCAUUUAUCACAAAACCACCAACAGCACUCGGCCCAGCACUCGACAGGCGGAUGAGAUCAUCGACAUCAGUGGGUUGGAUCAUGUCAUCACUGUCGACCAUCGCGGGCGCCGCGCUGCGGUCGAGCCAAACGUCUCAAUGGCGACUCUCGUUACGGCCACGCUCAAGCACGGCCUGAUUCCCGCUGUUGUUCCUGAGUUCCCUGGCAUCACCGUGGGCGGCGCCUUCUCCGGCACUGCGCUCGAGAGUUCGUCAUUCCGCUACGGGCACUUCGAAAAGUCUGUCGCUUCUCUCGAGGUCAUCCUUGGAAACGGCAACAUCGUCACCGCCUCGACCGUCGAGAACUCGGACCUCUUUAGUGGUCUCGCUGGCUCUUGUGGUACGCUCGGCAUCUGCACAAUCAUCGAAGUCAAGCUUGUUCCAGCUCGCCGAUUUGUCGAGCUCAACUAUCUCCCAGUUCACUCCGCUGCCGAAGCUUUGAACACCAUCCAGUCCUACACCGCCGACACUUCGCCCGUCGAUUUCGUCGAUGGCAUAAUGUUCGGCCUAAACGAUGGCGCCAUCAUUACUGGCACCAUGACGGAUGAGAAGAAGCAGGGCAUGCCUGUUGUUCGCUUCAGCCGAGCUCAUGAUCAGUGGUUCGCUCUACAUGUGCACGGGUCUGUCCCUCACGUCAGAGACACCAACUGCAUGGUUGUACCGAUCAAGGAUUAUCUCUUCCGAUACGACAGAGCCUCUUUCUGGAUGGGAGUCUACGGUCAGAAUCCCGAUACCUUCAACGGUCUUACACGCUUUCUGCUCAAUCCCACUGUGAAGGCUGAGUGCUUGUUCGCCGGUAUACAUCACAGCAGACAGAACCGUACAGUGUUCUUUCAAGAUAUUACGCUGCCGGGAAACACGGUUGCGGCCUUCCUCGACUGGGUCAACAACAACCUGGGGAUUUAUCCUCUCUGGAUCUGCCCUGUAAGAGUCAUUUCCGACAGCCGCAACCGUCGACGCUACCACCAUAUGAAUGUCAACGUACGAUUGUGGGGUCCCAAGACCAUCCACGGGCCUGAUGACAAUCCACGUCGCGACGACCCCGAGGCCUUUGAGCGAUUCAUCCGGGAUAACAAGAUGAUUGAGCAGGCGACUCGCGAUCUCGGCGGUACCAAGGUGGUCUACGGCGACAACUACUACACGGAAGAGGAAUUCUGGCGAAUCUACAACAAGGAGUUUUACGAUGAGCUCCGCGACAAGUGGGGUGCUGCCGGCCUUCCCAGCCUCUGGGACAAGCUCGGCAACCCGAACCCAACCUACAAGGAACAGCCUUCUCGCUCCAAGGCGGUCAUGAGCGUUCUCCUGAAGCGCGACUAUCUCCUCGAAAAGUGACGUAGAAGCGGCUCGCAGAAGCGAGCAGAACGUAGAGCAAGAAACGAAGCACUAGAGUUGGAGACGGGGGGUGAGGCAGCAUAGGGUGAAGACUGUGUUUGAGUAUAGGAUGAGGCGUUAGGGCCUACAAGGAAGUGCUUUGGUUCGAGAACAGUUGGGAGACGCAUUGAUGACAUGGGUCGAUACGCGAACGGGAGGAAGAGGGUGUGUUUUGCGAACAUUCGAUUCGUUGCUUAGCAGAAAGUCGCCCAAACGUACAGCAGAGACGGCAUUAUCAGAUCGGUAGUGGAUAGAAACAACUCCACGUAGUAUUCAGCAAAUUUCUUCUCUCCC